CAAACGCUGGAAGCGGCGGCGAGAAAAGCCAGAACCCAACGGCCCUCGCCGCGUCGUCCAGAUCCGCCUCCGCCUCCUCCUCAGCGGAAAUGGAGGAGAUGUGCAAGGAGAUGGACGGCCUGAGGUCCGAGGUGGAGGCGCUCACGGCGGAGUGCCGCGCCAAGUCGGAGCUCGCCGACGGGCUCAGGCGGGCCGGCGCCGAGCAGGCGGCGCGGCUCCGGGAGGCCAGGGCGGAGAUGGAGAGGCAGGCGCGGGAGAUCGCCGCCAGGGACGAGGAGAUCUCCUCCUCCGGGGAGGCGCGCCGGGAGCUGGAGGCCAGGCUGGCGGAGAAGGAGCAGGCCCUGCGGAACCUCUGCGCGGCGCACGAGGCGCUCAAGGGCAGCGCCAGGGAGAGGGGCGAGGGCCUGGAGGCCGAGAAGCGGGGGCUCGUCGCGGCGCUGGAGGAGUCCGAGGCGAGGCGGCAGGAGCAGGAGGUGGCCGCCCGCUCAUCCGGCGAGGAGGUUGCCCGGCUCAGGAUGAUGCUGUCCGAGAAAGACAAGAAGUGCUCGGCGGCUGAGCAGAGGGCGUUGGCGCCGAGGGAGGUGAUGAUGAGGGACGACAUGCUGGUGAAGCUGGAGGAGGAGAAGUCCGCCAUCGCGGGGAAGCUCAAGUGGAAGUCUGAGCAGUUUAGGCACCUCGAGGAGGCACUCAAGAAGGUGCAGGACGAGUUCAGGUCAGCGAGAAAGGAGUGGGGCUCCGAUAGAGCGAUGUUGGUUGAUCAGAUUGGCACUCUUGAAGUGAAUUUGGAUUCCAAGACCAGAAUGGCCGAGGAAUUUCGGUCGAGGCUCGAGAUGUGCAGCCAGGCGCUAGCUCACGAGGAAGGCCGUCGGAAACGGCUAGAGGCAGAGAUGUCUGAACUGAAACACAUGUGUGGUAAUGUGGUCUCCGAUUACGAAGAAGCAAGGUCGAUGAUUGAGUCGCUUACCGCGAAAAGAGAUGGAGAGAUCGCAUCCUUGAGAAGUUCACUGGCUGAGAAGGUCACGUUGCUCAAGGAAAUGGAGUAUGCGAAAGCACGUCUUGAGCAAGAAAACGAAGAUAUGCGAACUUCGCUGAAGGAAUACCAGGAGGCUCAGAUUGGUGCAGCAGAUGCUGCGGUUUCGUUGAAGGGUCUGCGAGAGAAGUUCCGAGUGCUGGAACAGACACAUAGAAGCUGCACUGAGAAGCUGAGAGAUAAAGAAGCAGAAUGUAAAUUGCAGAUGGAGAAGCUUGGGAGUGACCUGGAUGCUUGCUUGUCUCAGUUGGGUUCCAAAGAUAUGCUUAUCGGGCAAUUGCAGAAUGAGCUGCUGGGCAGUUAUAGCUCACUGGAUAUGCAAAUGUUACAAAACUGGGAAGCUUCAAUAGCUCUUACUGUUGUAGAAUCAAAACUUUAUGAUUCUUGUUCGUAUUUUACUGCAAUGGAAGUGGAUAUGCAGAAUAGCCGUGCCCAACUCGAGCACAAUUUUGCUGCUGCAAGAAAGCAGUUAGAGGAAAAUGACUGUGCCAUUGCCCAAUCCCAAGCUGAAUGGGCAGAACAAGUGGAGGAAAUAGCAACAUUGCAUCAAAGAAUUGAGCAGCUUGAACACAUAGAAAAGGAACAUGAAGAGAUGCAAAGGCAGCUUGAUACAUACAAAGUUGACAGUGCGUCAAGACAUGUUCACUGCUUAAAAGGUGAGGCUUCAGAAGAGGAAAAUAGCCUGAAUGAGAAACUGCAGAAAGCGCUAGGUGAUUUGGAUGAAGCAUACUCUGCCCUUUAUGAGAAGAAGAGUGAGCUGAGCCAGAAAGAAAUCAAUCUUCAUAAGCAAAAAGAAGCAAUGGAACAUUUGGAAGAGCUCAAACUCUCUAUGGAAAAUGAACUCAAAGGCUAUAGGGAUGAGAACAAUAUACUGAAAAGAGAUCUUAUUGCAAAAACAGAAAUAGAAGAGUCCCUAAGAGAAGAAAAGGAGAAAUUACUGGGUGCUCUCAAUGAAGCAAACUUUGCCCUUUCUGAGAAAAAGUGUGAACUGAAACAAUCUGAAAUCAUUCUUCAUCAGCAAAAGCAAACACUGGAGCAUUUGGAAGAACUGAGAAUCAAUAUGGAGACUGAAAUCAAUGGCUACAUCCAUGAAAAUCGUGUCCUGAAAAGGGACCUGGAUGAUACCCAUAUUGCUAAAUUGGAAGCUGAGAAGACUUACAGUGAAGAAAAGGAGAAGUUGUUAUGUGCUCUUGAUGAGGCAAAGUGUUGUCUAUCGAACAAGAAAAAUGAGCUUGACCAAGUCACAAAUAAUCUUCACAGGCAAAUGAAAGCAGUGGAGCAAUUGGAAGAGUCAAGAGUUGAUAUGGAGGUCAAACUAAGGCACUACAUGGAUGAAAACUGUGUGCUAAAGAGUGAUCUGGUUGCUGCUCUUGAUGCCAAAGUGGAUGCUGAAGAGUCUCUUAGGGAAGAAAAAGAUAAGUUAUGCAAUAUAAUAGAUGAGAGAUACAGGAAUAUUGAGGAGCUUCAGCAAUACAUCGCUGCGCUGGAACAAGAAAAUUUGGAUAAAAAACUUGACGUGGCAGCUCUUAUCAAGUCAGAUGUUGACAGGUCCAUUCAAGAAGUGAACAGAAAGUACUCUGAAAUUGUUGAGGUCUUUGACAAAAAGCUUUUGGAACUUGAAACAAGGGUAGGUUUCUUUGAGCAGGAAUACACAUGCAGAGAGCAAGAACUCAUGGAAAUGUUUGAUCAGGAGGAAGCAGAUUGGUAUACACUAAUUGCAGAGAAAGAGAACACUAUUUCUGAUAUUCAAGUAAUUGUGGAAUCUGCUCAAGGUGACAUUAAGAGCCUUCUUGAAGCUGCUGUAGAAAAGCUCGCAGAAGUUCAAAUUGAGGUUCAGCAACUUUAUGGUUUUGCAGAAAAUCUUAAUUCACUCAACCUUAUCCAAGAGCAUGAUAAUUUGUUCAAAGGAAUGCUCAUUGUAGAAUGCGAAAGAGAGCUUGAGGCACUGCGAGUGAAUUUAGCAUUGGAGAAAGAACAAUCAAGUAAUCUAAAGAAUGCUCUUGAGCAACACAAAGCCAGGACAACCACUGAGAUGUUAGAAAAGGAAAAGAAGCAUCUGGAAGUAACAAAUAAGAUGAAAUCUUUCGAGGAAAGAAAAGAAAUACUGGAAGAGCAUGUGGUAGAGCUGAAGUCUAGAACAAAGGAUAUGUGCAAUGCCUUCGUUCAAGAGAGGAAAUACUUAUUUGGUGAGUUAACUGGACUGGUUGACACAAUUGGAGCGGCAGUUCAUGUAGAUGAAGAUCUGAUGACAAGUUUGACAAAACUCAUGCAUAAAGUUAAUAAUGAAGAAGCCUUCCGGAAUUCUAGUAGCAAAGAAAUGCUUACCUCAGAGAAUAUAAAUGCGAAGAAUUCAGCACCCUUGGUUAGAAACAAAUCUGUACACCUCCCAGAUAAAAGAUUACCAUUAAAGGAGCACAACUAUUAGCCUUUUUAGAUGAGGUCAGACUAUACUGACAUUGUUGUAAUCUUUGUAUCAUGUUGCUCUGAAUCCAUAUAGGCUUUAGCUUGACUUGCUACCUGUAGAUUCGUUCUGCCAUUUGCGUUAUGUUGUUUAUAUGCAAUGGCUAUGCUCAUCCAGCAUUUCUUAUUUAUCAGUUACCUUUAAACUAAUUUAUUAUUUCAACUACCAAGAGGAAUGGCAUUAUUCCUUAAAAACA